AUGACCGAUUCUAGAAUACCCGAGGCGGAUCAAAGCCGCUCCUUGCGAGACAGAAUUGUUGAUAUCUUUCGCCCUGCUUCAGCCUCUGGCUUUGUACCGCGCUCUGCGGUGCAUACGAGUACAACGGACGACGUUGAUGAGUCUAGAGGAAAUGGUUCACGAGUCAACUUCCGAACUCCCUUGCUGAGAUCGUACGACCGUCGAGAGCCUCCAUGUGGUAUGGGAGACUCUUGCGAUCAUGGCACGUUCACCCCGCGGGUGGAGUCUGAUGAUUGGCGUACCAACUCCAUGCCUGGCUCUAGGGGUGAACGGUCUCGCAUAGGGAAUACGUCUAGCAGCUGCACGCCAAGCGUACAAGGCGCAGAUAAUAUGUCCACUGGGGCUUCAACGCCUCUUAAUGUAAAACACAGUAGAUCAUUGUACAUAUCGUACUACAUUCCAUUCUUUAAUUGGAUCUCCCAGUACCAGCUAUCUUACCUCCGAGGGGAUAUCAGUGCUGCUCUGACAGUCGCUUCGAUUUACAUUCCAAUGGGCCUUUCUUUGUCGAACAUUGCCCAUGCACCUCCGAUUAAUGGUCUCUAUUCAUUUGUUCUUCAACCUUUCAUCUAUGCUAUCCUAGGAAGCUCUCCCUUGCUGGUCCUCGGCCCAGAAGCUGCUGGAUCAUUGUUGACUGGUACCAUUGUCAAAGCGAGCGUUAACCAGGGGCCCUCAGGUGAAGAGGAUGAAGCCGCCAAUGCCAUAGUCGUCGGCGUGGCCACUGCGCUGGCGGGGCUUAUGAUCUUGGUUGCUGGGAUCUUCCGACUAGGCUUUCUAGACAACGUCCUCAGCCGACCGUUCCUGCGAGGUUUCAUUACCGCUAUUGGCUUUGUUAUCUUCGUGGAUCAAUUCAUUCCUGAGCUCGGUUUGGCCACAGAAGCCAAGGAAGCUGGUGUUACACAUGGCAGCACCGUGGACAAGCUGUUAUUCAUCAUCGAGAAUAUCAGUCACUCGCAAACCUUGACAGCGGCCGUCGCAUUUACGAGCUUUGCGAUCAUCAUGGUAUUCCGGACCCUCAAGAAGCUUCUCCAGCCCCGGUUUCCCCAGGUCAUCUACUUUCCAGAUCGAAUCCUCGUUGUUGUUUUCUCGGCAGUUCUAACGCAGCAGCUCGGAUGGCAUGAGCAAGGGCUUGAAAUCUUGGGUGCGACCAAGAAUUCCGGUAACGGUGUCUUUAAUUUCGAGUGGCCCUUUCAGCCCAAGUAUGCGGACCACCUUCGCACUGCAUUAAGCACCUCUUUUAUCAUUGCCCUCCUUGGCUUUUUCGAGUCGUCAGUCGCCGCCAAGGGCCUCACCGGCGUGUCAAGUGGAGGUGUACAGGGGAUGCAGGUCAGCCCUAACAGGGAAAUGGUAGCGCUGGGCUUUGCGAACGUUGUCGGUGGUUGCUUCAUGUCUCUUCCUGCAUUCGGUGGGUAUGCACGAAGCAAAGUCAACGCUUCGACGGGUGCGCGUUCACCGAUGAGCAACAUCUGUCUAAGCGCUAUCACCGUCAUAUGCAUCAUGGUCCUUUUGCCCUAUCUCUACUACCUUCCCAAAGCCGUACUAUCGUCCAUGAUCUCCGUCGUCGCUUACUCCCUAAUCGAGGAGUGCCCUCAUGACGUGGCCUUCUUCAUCCGCCUCCGCGGCUGGUCCGAGCUAGCCUUGAUGCUCCUGAUCUUCAUCUCAACGAUCUUCUAUUCCCUAGAACUCGGGAUCGCUCUGGGAAUGGGACUAUCAGUACUCAUCCUCAUCCGCCACUCCACAAAACCGCGCAUCCAGAUUCUCGGCAAAGUGGCCGGCAGCGACCGCUUCGACAACGCCGAGCUGCACCCCGAAAACGUCGAGUCCGUCGAGGGCGCAUUGAUCGUCAAGAUCCCCGAACCCUUAACCUUCGCAAACACGGGUGACCUGAAAAAUCGACUCCGCCGCCUGGAGAUGUACGGCACGAACCGUGCGCACCCUUCCAUGCCGCGCAUCCGGCCGCCAGAGAACAACCAGAAUGUCAUUUUUGAUGUCCAUGGUGUCACGAGUAUUGAUGGAUCGGGGGCGCAGGUGCUGUAUGAGAUUGUCGAUGGGUAUGCGCACGCCGGCGCGAGGGUGUUCUUCUGCCGGGUUCCAAGUCGGGACGUCUAUCGCGUGUUUGAUCGCAGUGGGAUUGUUGAGCGCUGCGGCGGCGUGUCCCAUUUUGUUGGGCAUGUUGAUGAGGCGCUCAAGCUGGCCGAUUCGGAAACCAGGACGCUCAGUGCGCUUAGCGUUUAG